AUGCGGCGCUUACUGUUGUACACGAUUUUAAUACUCUCUUUGGAGAACAGAAUAUCUUCGUUUAAGACGUUGGAGAAUUUUAAAGAACAAUAUAAGAAAGUUAAUCAGGACUUUACAACAUCUGACGCGUUGGUUGGACGGGCAAUGGAUUUUAUUUAUUCUAACAAAACUAUAAUGAGUCUAAUUGCUCGCGAGUUGUGGAAUGUUGGAUCUAGAGCCAUUGAUACGAUAGUAGACGUAAAAGGAAAAGAAAAAAAGAAAAGCAAGAAGUAA